AUGUAUUCUAAGUAUGCUGACAUUGGUGGUUUUGAUGUGAGACUGAGCACGGAGUUAAGGUUUGAUAACAAGAUUAUAAAGAAGAAACAUGUUAUAUGUAAUCGCGGUGGCAAUCAAAAAAACAAAUCUUGUGAUACAUUGGAUUAUAAAGUUUUUCAGUUUGAUGAGCUUCACAACCAUCCACUUGAUAAGAGAAGUGAUUUAAAAAAAGCGAGGCAAAUGUCAUAUUCAGAAAAAGAGUUUAUGGUGCGUGCUUCCACAUCAAAAAUAGGCCCAACUAUGGCUCAUAAGUUGAGGGCAAGUCUGAAAGGUGGGUAUGAGUUUGUAAAGCUUAAAGUAGUUGACUAUAAAAAUUUAAAGAGAGAUAUGAACAGAGUUAUAUGUUAUAAAGAUGCCCAAAUGAUUGUAAACACAAUGAAUGACCGUCGAGCUCAUUAUCCAAAUUACUCAUUUGAGUUUAAUUGUCAAGAUGAUGUUUUGGACUGUAUGUUUUGGGAUGAUGAAAUGGAGAAGGCAUAUUAUGCUGAAUUUGGUGAUGUUAUCUCGUUUGAUGCAACUUUCCGAACAAACAAGUAUCGAAUGCUUUUUGUUCCAUUUACUGCUAUUGACCUUCAUAAAAAAUCAGUUACUAUUGGAGCGGGUUUGCUAAGCAAUGAAAGCAUUGAGUCCUACUCUUGGUUGCUUAAAGUGUUUCAUAAAACUCAUGGGAAAGAACCAACACUUGUUUUAAACGACCAAGAUGCUGCAAUAAAACAAGCUAUUGAGAAUGUUUUUCCGAAUUCAAAGCACCGAUUAUACUUUAGAAAAAGAUUUUCGAAGCUUGUCUGGGACAUUAAUAUGAAACCUGAUGUAUUUGAGGUGAAAUGGGGUUUGCUUAUGAAGGAAUUCAAUAUGGAAGACACGAGAUGGUUUAAAGACAUGUUUACAAAAUGUGAUUCAUGGAUACCGAGAUAUUUUAAUGAUAUUGCAAUAUGCGGGUUGAUGAAGACUACGUCGAGGUCAGAGAGUAUGAAUUCAUUCUUUAAUACCUACUCAGAAAGUGGUAAUUUACUUUUGAAUUUCAUGAUGAACUACGACACUGCCAUUCGAAAGCAAAGGAAUACUCAACGAGAGCUUGAUAAGGCAUCAUAUAAAAUGCAAACACCUCGAGAAAUAGAACUACAAGCAUCAAAAGUGUAUACAAGUACAUUAUUUUUUGAGGUGCAAAAGGAAAUAUAUAAAGCAAGUUUUUUCUAUACAUACUCGUAUGUUGGUAUUGAAGAUGGAUGCGAAGUUUAUAUUGUGCAACACAACAACACUAAAAACAAAUUUAAAAAUGAAUCUAAGAAUGUUGAAAUAAAAGCUAACAAGAAAGAAAUAAAUUGUAGUUGUGAACAUUUCAAGUGUAUGGGUGUUUUAUGCAGACAUGCUUUUACAAUAAUGAUGAGAUGUAGUGUGAAAGAAAUUCCUGAAAGUUGCAUUAUGAAAAGAUGGAGAAAGGAUGAAUUUGAGAGUGAGAGUGAUUAUACAUCUACUGGAUUGAAAAGCAAGAUGGUUGGUGAAGUGGUAUGCAAGCUUAUGGGUGUUUCUAUUCAUAUUCCAAAAGAGAUUAAUAUUCAUGUUCCUCAAGUUCAAACAAAUAAAGGUUCUGGAAUCAAGAAAAUAAUUCCAUGUGCAGGUGAAGUAGUAUAUGAAAAUUCUAAAAAAGAACAUAGAAUGUGUUCAGGAUGUGGAAAAUGA